AUGUUUUGUCGGAAAUGUAAGGUGUACCUGGAUCCUCAUAUUGAGACCUCGGAUGGUUACUACUACAGCGGCUUGCAAAUAGCAUGCAACUAUUCUCUCGUUCAAAAGGGAACCAGCUAUUACCCAGACGUCGCUGUCUUUGCCAAUUUCAGAGAGUGUAAUGGAGUAGCCUCCUGUGUCGGCUCUACCUUCUUCCGGGACGGCCCUGAAGUCAUCUUGGAAAUAGGAAGGGAUGGGUUACAUGUUCCUCAUAUAUACACGGUUUAUCGGGACGACGAUCCGCACAUGAUACCUGCGGGCACAGUGGGCAUAGUGCUCUGGAACUCCGUCCUGGCGUGGCGCUUCGGUGAUUCGUGCAUUCGUCUCGUGGGCGCGAGUGGCAUGGCGAUGGAGGUGUGCGAGUACCACCAGUUCAUGUGGUCCUACCCAAGCACGGCACCUUAUUACGGUCUCUGCGGUUUCUUUGACGGGACAUACAACAUGAUGGAUGACUUUACGGACCACCGCCGAGCAGAAGAAAGCCCAAUGUCCCAGUACUCCGUCGAGGGAGGUAUAUGUCUUUCCUUUUCUUAA